UAGCUCGGCUUCUGCCUGCAAGACAGAGAGGAAGCAGGACAGGGCUGAACUGAUACUGCAAACCAUGCUGCAGUCCAGAGUAUUGGUACUAGCUCUCAUUCUACUCCUUGGCACCACUUUCCCAGAAGUGCACUCAAAGUCCAUCUUUGAGAGGGAUAACCGCCGUGACUGGAUGGUCCUCCCCGAUUCGUUUUUCGCUGCCGUCUAUGAAACCGUGAACAAGAUGUCCCCUAGAGCCGGUCAGUUCUUGGAGAAUGUCGCCCAGACUCCAGCAAUUGUUGGUACCAGGAACUACCUCAUUAAAGAGACAACUAAAAUCAAUGCAAUGCUUGAACAGCUGAUAGAAAAAUUAAAGAACCUGUGGAAUACAAAAAUCCUAGGCUACUAGCCAGAUAAAGACAAGUCAGUGUUUCCUGAUGUGAGUUGGUAGCAUCCUGCAGUGUCCUCUUUCUCCCUGCCCCUACUACGGACCAAGAUCAGUCAAUAACACAGAAUUGAUGCUCCUGCUAAUGCCACUAGAGGGAACCCAGCUUCAGAGACUGGAGGAUUGACCCCAUCCGUUGAAGUCUCCCCAAAACGUGUGAAACACUGCUGGGUAUGGRGAAGGCAAUGAAAUUGCAGAGCUCGUCUGUAGCCAAAUCCUGAAAAUUAAUUCUUCCUGAAUGG